AGAAAGAAAAUUGCAACAAAAAAAGUUAGAAAAACCCCUAGCCUUCCAAGUCACCACCAACCCCUCUUUCUUUGAUCACCAUCUCCAUCUCCAUCUCCAUCUUCUUCUUCCUUCCACCACCAACCCCCCAUCUCCUCCAUCUCCACUCCACCUCACACGCCUCAUCGACCUCCCAAGAACCACCACCGCCUUCUCCCAUGGCCGCCGCCACCGUCUCCGUCCGCUUCCACCCGGCCGCAUCCGCCGCGCGCUGCGGCGGCGGCUCGCGCCGGAGCAGGCGCCUGUCCGGGGUCAUCAGGGCGCAGUCGGCGCCGGCUUCGGCGGCGGCGGCGGCGCUGACGCAGGACGACCUGAAGAGGCUGGCGGCGGUGCGCGCGGUGGAGCAGGUGGAGAGCGGGAUGGUGCUGGGGCUGGGGACCGGGUCGACGGCGGCCUUCGCCGUCGCGGAGAUCGGGGCGCUGCUGGCGUCCGGGAAGCUGAGCGGCAUCGUCGGGGUGCCCACCUCCAAGCGCACGUUCGAGCAGGCGCAGUCGCUCGGCAUCCCGCUCUCCACCCUCGACGACCACCCCCGCAUCGACCUCGCCAUCGACGGCGCCGACGAGGUCGAUCCAGACCUUAACCUUGUGAAAGGGAGAGGUGGUGCCCUUCUCCGGGAGAAGAUGGUUGAGGCAGCAUCAGACAAGUUCAUCGUUGUUGUUGACGAGACAAAGCUAGUUACCGGCUUAGGAGGGAGUGGUCUAGCCAUGCCUGUGGAGGUUGUGCAGUUCUGCUGGAAGUACAACCAAGUGAGAUUGCAGGAUCUGUUUAACGAUGAAGGAUGCGAGGCGAAGCUGAGAUUGGAUGAAGGCGGCAAACCCUACGUUACCGACAACUCAAACUACAUCGUUGAUUUAUACUUCAAGACGCCGAUCAAGGAUGCGUUGGCAGCAGGGAAGGAGAUCUCAGCUUUGGAAGGCGUCGUUGAGCAUGGGCUGUUCCUGGACAUGGCGACUUCGGUGAUCAUCGCUGGAACAGAUGGCGUCAGUGUCAAAACAAAGUGAGUUUUGGGGUUUUGUUGUUGCCGGUGUUGAAUUUACGAUUUUUUGUUGGGAUGUAUAAGCUAUUGGGGUGUAAAAGCAGGCAAUAAGAUGCUUCACUAAUAAUAAUUGAAUAUAUUUCCCCACUCUUUCAUUGCUGA